AUGGAAGAGAUGAAUAAAACUGCAAAGAUACAAUUCUUCUUUCGUCCAUUCUCAUCUGACCCUGAGGUCCAGUUGGCGAUUUUUGUGGCCUUCUUGGUGAUGUACCUGACCACCCUCAGUGGAAACGCCGCAGUUGCUGUUAUUGUUCAAAUCAACCCUUCCCUCCACGUUCCCAUGUACUUUUUUCUAGCCAACUUGGCAGUUCUAGAAAUCUUCUAUACAUCUUGCAUUGCGCCCCUGGCCUUGGCAAACCUUCUCUCAAUGGGAAAAACUCCUGUUUCCCUCACAGGUUGUGGAACCCAAAUGUUUUUCUUCAUCUUCUUGGGAGGAGCUGACUGUGUGCUGCUGGCAGUCAUGGCUUAUGACCGGCUAGUGGCCAUCUGCCAGCCGCUGAGAUACGCCCUCAUCAUGCGCUGGCGCGUGUGUGUGGAGCUGGUGGCGGGGAGCCUGGUGCUCGGGUUCCUGCUGUCGCUGCCACUGACCAUUUUAAUCUUCCACCUCCCCUUCUGCCACAACAACGAGAUCUACCACUUCUACUGUGACAUGCCUGCUGUCAUGCGCCUGGCCUGCGCAGACACGCACGUGCAUAAGCUGGCCCUGUACGUCACCAGCUUCGUCCUCCUGAGCAUCCCUCUCACGCUGAUCUCCAUCUCCUAUGUCUUCAUCGUGGUGGCCAUUGUCCAGAUCCGCUCGGCCUCAGGGCGCCGCAGAGCCUUCUCCACCUGCUCCUCCCACAUCUCAGUGGUCCUCCUGCAGUACGGCUGCACCAGCUUUAUCUACUUGUCCCCCAGUUCCAGCUACUCCCCUGAGGUGGGCCGGGUGGUGUCUGUGGUCUACACUUUUAUCACCCCCAUUUUAAACCCCUUCAUCUACAGUGUGAGGAACAAGGAACUGAGAGAUGCCCUAAAGAAGGCACUGAGAACGUCCUAGGGGGCGUGAUCCAGGGGUUUACUUAAAUGGAGGCACU